GUGUAUCAUUGACGGAAGAAAAUCUAAUUGUUCUGAAAGAAAUGAAAUCAUGUCUUCUGGAGGUAGCAAAAGAGAAAUUGGAAACUUGUAAAUUAUUGUGUAUGCAGAGUAAAGAAGUUUCUGAAAAAAUAAAGGAUUUAGUAAUAAACAAGUUUUUACUAUUACCCGAAAAUUUAAUGUACUCGAUCGUCAAAAAUACGGAUAUAUCAGUUAUGUCAAAAACAUCGACCGCAUUGUACAAAGAAAUCGUUACUUUCGAUUAUAAAUGUAUUAUUAAACGUAUUUGGGAACAAUUCAUAGUGGAUUUCAAACAUCAAACCAAUCAGGAUAUUAUGCAAAUGACAAAUGAAAAUAUUAGAAACAACGAUAACGAACCAGAUCUUUUGGAAAAUCACUUCGAGAAUAUUUACGAUGAUGUUGAUGAUAUUCAAAGUUGUAACGGGUUUUUCGAAUCAACUGUUUAAUAAUAGAAAACGACAAUAUUACUAAAAUUAUUGUAAAAAGAUGAAUAAUAUAACGUAUUAUAACUCAUUUUUAAUUGAAAAAAAUAAAUAUUUGCACGUCUAAUCGCUGUUUGAUUAUUAUUUAAAAACUUAUAAUAAUCAUGUUAAAAAUGUUGUACUCUCAUGGGUUAAAUACUACAUAUAAAACAUAAGUUGCUAAAAUUAUGGUUGUUGUUAUUGAGGUGGA